CCCACCGGAGGGGGGAGCGCGAUUCAAAUCUUUGGCUCCGCCUCUGCUGCUCGUUCUUCAGGGGAAACAGAAACUAAACAUCGCUCGGAACAAAAUGGGAGCAUCGCUGGACACACCGACCAAGUGUCCGCUCUGCAACGAGCUGACCAACGACCCCAUCACUCUGAAAUGUAACCACAGAUUCUGCCAGCGAUGCAUCGGAGACCUGUGGAGCGUCAGCCCCAACGGGCCGUACCACUGCCCGGAGUGGAGGUGUAAAACUGUCUACCAGACUCUGCCGUUUGACAAGAGUCUGAUACGACCACCACCCACCCCCAGUGGACCCCCCACUCAGCCCCGGCGACCUGCAGGCACGUCCAAUAACGAUAACGGACAAAACACGCACGACUCGUCCCUGAGAAGGCCGUCGCUCACCAGCCGACUGCUCGGGAAGAGAAAGGCCAGCACGCCUGUACCGGAGCAACCGGACACGAAGCGAUUGACCGUGGAGCCUCAACGUGAGCGGUCCGCCGACGCAGAGAAUCCAACCACUUCUUCUUCAGACAAACCUGGCCAGUCGGCUGAUCCGAGGACACCCAAGAAAGAAGCGCGGCCGGAGCCUGCGCGGCCUGAGCGUGGCGACGGCAGAUCCUCCAGCGAGAGCUCCGGCAUUAAAACGGCGCCUGCGAGUAAGGGACCGCGAAACAUCUCGGCGCAGCAGAAUUCAGAGCAAGUCGUCUCAUUGGACGACUCUGACAGCUCCGAUGAAGUAGAUAUAUGCGAUGCGCCUCCCCUUGCAACCCCCAAGAAAGACGCACAGGUUAGAGGGAUUCCCGUAUUGCCAAAGAAACCUGCAACACCCGCGGCCGCGACGCCAUCGCCGAGUCGGUUUGGCUUUUUCUCCAGGCCGGAGAACAGGAGCGCCAGUCACGUGACCUGCCAUUAUUGCCCUAAAACGAGGAGUCAGUCCGCCGUGAAGACCUGCCUGGUGUGCGGUGCGUCCAUGUGCUCGGAGCACCUGCGCCCCCACCUGGAUUCCCCCGUCUUCCAGAAUCACACCCUGGUUCCUCCCGUGGAGGACAUCUCUCUGUGGAGGUGCCAGGAUCACCAGGAGAUAAACCGGAUCUACUGCCGUCAGUGCGGAGUGUGCGUGUGCACCGUGUGCACCGUCAUAGGCUCCCACCGCGACCACGUCUGCGUCAGCAUCAGGGAGGCGGAGACGGAGCUCAGGGGGAACCUGAAGGACGACAUCAAGCAAUUACAGGAGGCUGAACAACAAGUGAAGAACAGACUGACUGAAUUCACACAGAAGAAAGAUGCUUCCACUGUGGUUUUGAGUGACGCACGAGCAGGAGUGAUGAAGCAGUACGGAGCCAUCAGAGAGGCCUUGGAGCAGGAGGAGCAGUCAGCCCUCCAGUGCGUGACCAAGGAGGAGAAGAGGGUUCUGGGAGGACUGGAGGAGAAACUUUCCCACCUCCGGACCUCCCUGCAGUCAAUCCAACAUGGCCUCCACACUCUGGAGGGCCUGGCCGAUGCCAAGGGAGACAAACGGAUCCAGGACCAGGCCUUCAUCAUGGAGUACAGCAAGAUCUCCCAAAUGGCCAGCGACGUGGGGAGCUGUAUCGAGCAGUUUGAGGCGCCGGAGGAGGUGGAUUGCGCCCGGCUGAAAUGCCUGCAGAGCUGGACGGAGAAACGACUCGACGCAGUUGUCAUCACCACGCCUAGCAAAGACCGAGAUCUCUACAGGCUGCAGUAUGGCACCGUCCCCGUGUUGGAUGCAGAUACAGCACAUCCGAAGCUGCAGCUGUCUGAUAACAACAGGACGGUCAUCUACAGCGAGGCCCAGCAGGCCUACACGGAGCACGAGGCUCGCUUCAGCUCCUUCCCGCAGGUCCUCGCCUCCCACCCUCUGGAGGGGGGCCGCUGGUACUGGGAGGUGAACGUGUCCGUGGACGACGGCCGCUGGAAGGUGGGCCUGUGCGAGGGUCAGAUAGAGAGGAAAGGCCAGAAGGACAACUCACGUCUGGGGUUCAACAGCUACUCCUGGUGCCUGGCAUGUGACAGAAGGAAGGUGGAAGCUCUGCACAAUAAGGUCUCAGUUCCCGUUGACGCGCAAAGGCUCGAAAGAGUCGGGGUGUUUCUCGACCUGGAAGAGGGGAUUUUAUCGUUCUUUAAUGUGACACCAGAGGGCAGUGUAGCUUUAAUGCAUUCGUUCAGGCACAGGUUCACAGGCCCUCUGUACCCGGCCUUCUCCGUGUCUAAAACGCAGCUGGCCGUCUGUGAUCUGUUCCAGUCAUAAACCAUCAUACCAACCACUUCUACCUAAAAUAUACAGAAUAUAUCAGGGCCCGCUGCCCUUUUCUCUGUUUGUUUUUCCAUUUAACCAGGUGUCUCUGGGAGCAUAGCAUAUUCAUAAACUGUAUAUGUUUCUAGGCUUCUGCCAACAUCCUUGGAUUGUACUGGAAUCGUUGAAAUGCUGUUUACUGUACAUGUCACAUUCCAAACUUUACCAGCAUAGUUUUGAUAUAUAUCUUGAGAUGUGAUGAUUGAUAUAUAUAUAUAUAUAUCUAUAUAUUCAUUCAUUUUUAACUGUUUUUUAAACUGUUUUUAUGAGCCAGUGGUCAAAUGAACACGUAUUUAAAUAUCAGAGAAUACAAACCUGGAUUUUAUUUUUUUUUGAAGGUGUUAAAAGAAACACCUUGUGCGUUUUACUCGUCUCAUAUCAUUCCUCCUCGAUGCCUUUCUACUGAAUAAAACAUUCCAAGAGUUUAAAAAACAAAAGAACAAAGUAAAAUGGU